AAGUACUACAUAGAUGGCGCUUUCUGUUAACAAUCUGUCAAAUUUCAUUCUGUCAUUUUAUAAACUCAUAAAAUUUAUUAAUAAAUAAAUGGCUUCGGUACUUUUACGUGCUUCAAGACAACUCCCUAAGAAUUCGGGAUCAUCCUGGUUCGUAGCAAAUAAUGUUUCUACAACUUCAAUUAAAUUUACGGAUGAUCCAGACGAUCUUAGAAAGAAAAAAGAUGCUGUACCAAUCAAACACGACCUCGCUUUGUUAAAUCCAGCUGAAGUAGAGCAUAGAAAACGUUUGCAAGGUUAUAUAACUGUCAGCGCAAAGACCGAUUUGUCGCCAGUAACGGGUGUACCACCUGAACAUGUUAAAGAACGGACAGUUAGGAUUUAUGAGCCACCAAAAAAUUGCAUGCAAAGUGGUACUGAUAAUAUCGAUUGUUGGUUAAUCGAGUUUGAUACGAGGGAACGUUGGGAAAAUCCGUUAAUGGGAUGGUCGUCAACGGGGGAUCCUUUAUCGAAUUUGAAAGUUGAGUUUACUUCUAAAGAUGAAGCCAUUGCGCAUUGUGAAAAGAAUGGAUGGAAUUGGUUUGUGCAAGAAAAAACUUCUAAACCUAUGAGACCUAAAUCUUAUGGUGUUAAUUUUUCGUGGAAUAAACGUACUCGCGUUUCUACUAAGUAAGAGGAGUAAAUAAAUGAUUAUUACUGUAAGAAGUAUUAAAUAAAAAUGAUGUUAAUAAAAA